AUGGCCAUGCAAAGGACAAUUGGUGCACCCUAUUCGUCUCCGCCUCAUAAGAAAAUCGUCAAUAACUCUGCACCUAUCACCCCCAGGAAAAGUACUGACCAAAAUAAUUUGGAUAACAUAAAACGGCUUGUAUUAAUUGGAGACGAGGGUGUUGGGAAGUCUGCUUUGAUUAGUGGUGUAGUCCAUCAAAAAGAUUAUUCAAAUGCACUCAAUGGGAUUACUGCAAAUAUCGGAGGAAAUUUUCCAGUCCAACUUAUGGAAAAAAGCACAAAUAACGCUUGGUCAAACUACCUCGGUGGUCAGUGCGUUAUUGUGAUGUACGACAUAACCGACCACACCACAUUUGAAAAUGCAAAGGGUCUUUUAAAAGACGCUAAACAUUACUCUCCCGACACUUCUUUUAUGUGCAUUGUCGGUAACAAAACAGACUUGUUCGCAAUUCGGAAAGUCCCAAUCGACGAAGUAUUGGACUUUGUGAAUAAAGUCGGGUGUUCAUAUUUUGAGAUCAGUUGUCGCAACCAAACCGACAUCAAUGAAAUGUUUAACACACUUGUUCAAAAGAUUGUAGAACAGGGAAAAGAGUCGACAGAAAAACACAUCAAACCACGGAAAAAGAGCAAAACCUGUACGAUAUUAUAA